GUCCCUAUUAUGGUAGACUCUGCAACUUUUGAUGUAAUAUUGGCUGGAUUAAAAUGUGCACAAGGAAAUGGCAUAGUUAAUAGUAUCAGUUUGAAGGAAGGUGGAGCCGAUUUUAUUAAAAAGGCAAAGAUUAUUCGAAGAUUUGGUGCUGCUAUUGUUUAUCCUGAUGUCACUGAAAAAAUUUUAUCAUAUGCGCAAAAAUUUGAAAAAGGUACCAAAAAAGAUGAUACUGAAGAAGAAUGGAGGAAGGGUGAUGUACAAUCGAGAAUUUAUCAUACUUUGGUUAAAGGUGUCGUAAAGUAUAUAAUCGAGGAUAUUAAGGAAGCGAGACAACUGACCAUUGGAUGUAUUGAAGGACCAUUGAUGGCUGGAUGA